UCCGGCUGGUCGUGCGGUGGCGGCGGCGGGGGCGCGCAGCCCCCGAUCGGCGGGCGUCCUCCUCCGGCCGGCAGUGACCGCCCCAGCCCCGCUCCCUUGCCUGCUCGCCAUGCCUGCCCCCGCCCGCCUUGCGCCGAGCACGGUGCCGGGGAAGGGCGAGGGGAGCCGCCGCCCUGUCACUCCCUGAGCCAGCCGUCGCCUCGCCGGAGGAGCCCCGAGUGUGACGGGCGCGGCGCAGCCCCGCAGGUCGCUGCGCCGGGAGGGCUGCGGGCACCGCGCACCUCCCCAUAGGGCACAAUAUAGAAGUAUGAUAGCAACCGGAGGAGUCAUAACAGGACUGGCUGCCUUAAAAAGGCAAGACUCUGCCAGAUCUCAGCAACAUGUAAAUCUUGCCACAGCACCAGCUUCUGAGGAGAAAAAACCAGUUAGACGCCGGCCCAGGACAGAUGUGGUGAUUGUCAGGGGCAAAAUCCGUCUCUAUUCUCCGUCGGGGUUUUUUCUUGUUUUGGGAGUGCUUAUUGCAUUCUUUGGAAUUGCAAUGGCCAUCCUUGGAUACUGGCCCCAAAAGGAACAGCUUUUAGGGUCUGAAGAUAAUCUGUCUGUAAAUGAAACCCAGAUCCUGAGAAGCCAAGGAAGCAUUUUACUUCGCUUCUUUGAACAGCACGUGCAUUCAGAUAAGAUGAAAAUGCUGGGGCCUUUUACUAUGGGCAUUGGAAUCUUUAUUUUUAUUUGUGCAAAUGCCAUUCUGCAUGAAAACCGUGACAAGGAAACAAAAAUAAUACACAUGAGAGACAUAUACUCCACUGUCAUAGACAUCCACACCCUGAGGAUCAGGGAACAAAAGCAGCUGAGUGGUGCCUUCACUGGCUUGUUGGGGGAAGGAGAACUCAGGCACAGUGGGAGCUCAUGUGCAUCACAUCUGGCUGCGAACACAGUUGCACCUUUCUCUGGCUUCAAGAGUAAUCUUAGAAUGGAUAGUUCUGCUGAAGAAGAUGAGAUUACCCUAAAUGAAGAUAGAACCACUAGUAGCCUCCUGCCACCUCUGCUGACUGAACAAUCCAGUUCAAUCUUUGGACUUUACCCUCACUCUAGCAAGGCUUCAGAUGACAAAAACACUAAUUCUAUAAAGUGUGAAACAAAAUCCAUUGUAUCAUCUUCUAUUAGUGCUUUCACGCUGCCAGUAAUUAAACUGAAUAACUGUGUUAUCGAUGAGCCCAGUAUAGACAACAUAACUGAGGACUCAGAGAUCACUAGGAAUCAGUCUAGAAAUUUGUCAAUGGAUUCUCUGGCAAUUCCACUGACUGAUACCAAUGAAUCCUACAGACCAGCCGUUGCCAUGCUGCCACGACACAAUUCAUUUGUGGACACUCCAUCUGAUCAGUUCAAAUCUUCUAUGACUCUUGGACCAAGCACAGGAAAGCUUUUAUCUCCAGGUGCUGCCAGGAAACAGUUCGGUUCCAACACAUCUUUGCAUCUUCUAUCUUCACAUUCUAAGUCCUUGGACUUGGACAGGGGUCCGUCUAUGCUCACUGUCCAAGCUGAACAAAGGAAACACCCCAGCUGGCCCAGACUGGAUCGGAGCAACAGUAAAGGAUAUAUGAAACUAGAAAACAAAGAGGAUCCAAUGGAUAGGUUACUUGUGCCACAAGCAGCAGUCAAGAAAGACUUUACUAAUAAGGAAAAGCUUCUUAUGAUAUCAAGAUCUCAUAAUAAUUUGAGUUUUGAACAUGAUGAGUUUUUGAGUAACAACCUGAAGCGAGGAACUUCUGAAACAAGAUUUUAAUAUUUAAAUUGCAAUUUAGAAGAUGUCAUACAGUAUUUUUUAAAAAAGCAUUUUGACAAGUGUUUCCUUUUCAGUGAGACUGUACCAGCCUGUUUUUAACCAAAUGCUUAAUAGCCCAUUAAAAUUGGCUUGCUCAAACAGAAAUCUUCACCUUUGUAAUGCCGGGUUUCUUGUUGUAGUAACACACAGCUGCAAUACUGUACAUUAUCAUUGCUCAGACACUUUUGUUACCACUGAUUCCAAUUAUCCCCAAGUCAUUAUUUCUUUUGUUCUAUAUAAGCAUGUUACUUUUUAUCACUUUGACUCCAGGAGACUGCAUUAGGAAAAAAAGUUCAAUUUACUUGCAAGUUGUCUUUAUUUAAAGGCUUCAAGAGUCUGAAAACAGAGCUUGCGGUCUAGAAUGGGAAGUGACCAGGAGCACAUACUGGAAUUGUCAAAUCCAGGCCUUUAUUCCUAGGUGUUGUCUUUCAUAUGCAGUACAUCUUGAACUGCAGUCUUGCCAUUGUCAUUGUGAGAAAGUUGUUUACAUAUUGGGGUGGGUGGAUAGAAAAGAGUGGGUAUAAUUAAAACAAUUUUUUGUGAAUUCAUUGUACUUGAUCAAGCUGAAUACCGGUGUUGUGAAUUAUUAACUAUGCUUCAUACAAUAAUCUUUCUACAUCCAUUGUAACUUAAUCAUGUUAUUCUGGAAAAGCAUAUAUAAAGUAAGAAAUCUGAAAAUUCAGUUCUCUACAUCACUUUGAUUGGCAGCAGUUUUAAAAUCAGAAUAGAAAGAUUCAAUUAAAAUCAUAGGAACAUGAUGAAGACUAACUGGAUUUUAGAAACAUGAUGUAUAAUAAGAUGAGGCAUGCAUCUGAAGACAAUAAUGGAAAAUUAAUGUAUUGCCUUUCAUUACAGUAGCAAGAAGCUAAGUAACUAGAUCUCCAUGUUCAAAAUACUGACACAAAGCAUACAAUUCAUGUAGUAAUAUAGUAAGAAAGCCCCUUGCCUAAAUUUUGAUUUAUAUAUUUCACAUAAAUGUUGGUGUAAUGGUUCACUGAAGGCUUUGCUGUGGCAAUUUGCAUUACAAGAUUUUCCAAAAGGAAGUGACAUUUAAAACAGUGUUUUUCUCAGCAAAGCAAGCUUCACAGUUGACAGUUGUAGGCUAUUGCUAAAGAGAAGGAGAAUUUGAAUGUGCAAUAUCAGAAGGUUUUCAUGUAUUUCAUUAAGGUAUUUAGGCCAUGACCCUGCCACGACACCACACUAGAGAAUGUCACUUCAAGCUGCUAGGCUCACCUAACAGGAUGUUGGUCUUACUUGGUUGAAUUUGAUAUGUUCACUUAACCUAAAUACUCAGGAAUUAUUUUUAAUGGCUUUUCCCAAAAAGAAUCAAGCUUUUUAAAAUGUCGUUGUUCCUCAAUUACUUUGGUUAUAAAAGAUCAAAGACAAAAAUGCCCUCUCUUUUUUUUUUUUAAAUAUUCCGCUCCAUAUUUCAACUGUGCAAUGUUUGUGUAUCAGGAGCAUUACUUUCUCAGUGAGUUGAGGCAUAGUGUUAACUGUUAGAAACUCAAGCCUAUAUAUUGUAAGAGAGUUGGCUAAAUAUUUUGCUAUGAAGCUUUUAAUAACUUUCUGGUUUGUGUUCUUAAGACAUUUGCUAUUUUUUGCAAUAAAAUGUCUAUCUACACAUAUCUGUUCUAAGACCUAUUUUUUCCUCUAUGAUCUCAAAUCUUACAUAUCAAAGUAUAAUGAGGUAUCAUAACAUUGUAUAUACCGUUGUGCUUAAUUUAUUAGUCUGCCACUUCUUAUUUUGUCAUGACUAAUUUCAGGAACAUGCCUACACAUGUAAAGGCUGAAUGGUUUCUUUACCCAUGUAAUGUGAAAUAUAUUCAAAGUGGUUUUGAUAAAGGGAAUUUUUGUAUAAAAAGAACAUCCUAUUCUUUUUAGUUUGGCAGCAAGUAUUCAUCUAAAAAUGGAAAACACUAUCAAAGACAUUAAUGACGCAAGCUUUUUAUUUCCUUAAUAGCUACAUUAAAUGAUAGCUUAAAAUACUUUUUU